AUGUUUCAAAGCACUACCAAGAAAAUUGUGAGCGAGAUUGAUCCUGACGGCUUCACGCUGUUUCCUGUGAAAAGCCCAUAUGAUUCUCAAAACUGCAAGCCACUUCACCUACUCCUCAAAAAGAAGAAACAACUAUUUUCCAGCAGAGAACAUUAUGCUCCCACUCCCUUCACACUGACUGAUAUAUUCAUUGAUGGCCAGGAUUUAGAUUUUGGAUUGAGUAGCUCUAUCAUUGCCUGCUUCUCUCAAGAUUUCAGCACCUCGGUCAAGGCCCAAGUGUGUGUGGAUUCCGGCCAUGUUGAUGUAGGAGCGCACGUCUCAGGAAGUUCCUCAGACACCAUGUCAAGUGUGGAAAUGAGAAAGCACACAAUCUCUGAUCGCACGCUGCUGGAUGCUGCCAAAGACAGGAAAGUGAACAGAGAACAUCCGUUUGUGAAACAGAUGAAGAAUAAUAUGGUUUAUGUGAUACUGGAAGUUAUAGAGACGGAACACGCAUGUUCUGUAAACAACUCAGCUAAGGCUGCAACAGGAUUGAAAUUUCUAAUGAAACUUCUGAAGGCUGAAGCUGAAGUCGGCAUGAGUCAAGAAAAGAAGUUAACUUUUCCAGCUGGAACAUCUAUUGCGUACAAGGUCUCUGAACUGAAGAUUGGUCAAAAUGAUACUCUGGAUUUAAAUUGGGAAAAAUGCUACGAGUGUUUUAAAACGUCAAGUUCUGACAAAAAAGAGCCACUAGCUACUAUACUUGCUGAGCUGACGAAAAUGUGUGUGGACAAGAAGCCACUGUUCCUCAACGUGAUCCUUGAAAUUCUUGGCCAUGGUGAUAGCCUUACGGUUCUUGAUGAAAUGCUGGACCAGAUUUUGGAUAAUCUGCAGCCUGACUUCCAAGUGUUGGAUCGGACGGAGGAAGAUAACAGAGCAUGUGUGGAGAAGAUGUUGGAUCUGUUGGGAAUUAAGAGGGAAGUACCACCAGGAGAAACUCUCGCUCUCACCCCAGAGUCCAGAGCGAUCAUCCGGGCAACAAACAUUCUCAUCCGGUCACUCAGCGAGAUGGAUCCUGAAACUUUAAUCCUGUUGGCAAGCAGUGUUAAGGCAGAGAUUAUAUCCAAACAGCUAAAGCUGGUGACAAUAAUUGAUGACAGAUGGCCCGAUGGGCCUGUAUAUCAACGUGAGGAUGAGGAAGACCCUGAGAAGUUUCUGAUCACUCAGUUCACGGACGAGGAGUUUGAAAUAACUCAGCAUGUGAUGGAAGAGGUUGGAUUUCAACUGGACAGAGAAAGUGCUUCGGUUUUGCGCAUUAUGAACCAAAAACAAGGAGACGUACUUGCUCUCUUUGCUGCUCUGUAUGCUCUCAAUGCGUUAUGUGACUGA